UGUCAAAGUUAAUGUACAGUGAAAAGUAAAAGGUGAUGGGUGUGUUUUGUGUUGCUUUCUUUUAGUUUUCUUUAAUUUAGUCAAGAAUUUAAAAUUUAAAAUGUUUAUCAAUAAGACACCCUUUUAUACCAUGUUUUAAUAAUUUUACUUCUCCUCCCUUUAAACUUCGUUAAUUCACUGCGUCAAUUGAAAUCAUUGUUCGUAUUUGUCUUUGGUAAUUUCGUAACAAACAUAAACAAAUUUUAAUGAAAUUAUUAAUUCAGUGUUAUGUUACUAUCAUAAAUUUUAACUCCAAGUAAAUCUUCGUAACCCAUCAUCAUAUUAACUAAAACCAACAAAGAUGUGUGCGAUUCCAAACAUGAAAUAUGGAUUUAUUUUCUGAACUGAGAUUUGGUAACUGGAAGUCGCGAUGUCGACUCCGGGCCCGAAGGUCGGGAUGCGUCUCAGUGAAGCACUUGACAACAUGCAGCUCGCUUACAAUCCAAUAACGAAACAACUGCAUUUCGUUUCAAAAAAAAAACCAAUUGAAAACCUCGACACUGUUGACGACAUUGAUAAAUUAUCAAAAAAGAGCAGUUUCAGUGAUGAAGGUAAUUUCUCGAUAUCAACCUGUGAGAAAAGCGAUACAAGUGAUUCCCCAAAAAGUACAUUGCAAUGGGGUGGGAGUGUAAAUGGACAUCAUCGAGGAAAGGAUGGUGGUUCAUUCUCUAGUACAGUGUCCAGUUUGUCGGAGUGCUCCCUUGGAUCCUCAGCGUCGAAAGAAGAUGAUUCAGUUGACGUCAAUGUCGACCAUGAGCAAGCCAAGCUAAAGAAGAAGGGGCUUUCUGGAUUUUUCAGCAGAGGAGUGUUUCCGUGGAAGAGCAACAGUUCAUCUAAAAGCCACGACUCCUCGUCCUCUGGUGUAUCCUGGAAGCUAUUCGGAAGCAAGUCCAGUGGCAAUGUCAGUUCUAAAACAUUGACCACCGAAAAUCCGAAAUCGUUGACGCCCGUGUCUUCAGCUUCGAAUACUCCUCAUCAUCACAAGAGGCAGGGCAGUUCAGCCAGCGAGAAACAGUUUGAAGAUUUAGUCGCUAGCUCCAUAGCCUUGAUUCAGCACGAUAGACCCUCAAAUCUACCCGCGAAAUGUACGGAAGAGGCGAUGAGGCACAAGGCGGAGCACGCUCGCAUGGUCGAAGCGGCUCGGAGACGAGUGGAACGUGAGGCGGCCGCGAGGCACGCGAGACUCCAGGAGUCGCUGCGGCUGGAGGAGCGCCUCGCCAGACACGCGAAGGAGUGGAUCCAGAACAUAUUGCCCGAUUGGACUAACAUGAGAAACGCAAAGAGAACUCACGAACUCUGGUGGAGCGGUUUGCCGCCAUCGAUACGCGGCAAAGUCUGGCAGCUCGCCAUCGAGAACAAACUGAACGUCACCUCGGCGACGUACCAGGAGUGCGUCGCUAAAGCCAAACAGAGGCUGCACGAGUCGCAAAUGAGGAGGAAACGGUUAAAAGUCAACAAACGUGAAUGUUGCUGUAACAAAGAGCAGGACAAGAAUUACGAGGCAAUAGAUAAGAUGAAGAGCGACGAUCAACAUCGGAAAUUCGACGAGAUGCUGUCGAAGACGGACGCGAAGAUCGAUAAACUGAAGACGGACGACGAGAAACAUCGACUGGGCAUCCCGAGGAACUUCAGCGAGCAGAAUUUGAAAUCGCACGUUCCCGAUGCCGAGCCGAAGAAGUGCUGCUCGAAAUCGGACCCUAAUCUCUUGGACUACAACGACGAAUGUUCAAUGGAGUUGAUCCAGCUCGACAUAGCGCGGACGUUUCCCCACCUGUGCAUAUUCCAGCCCGGGGGCCCGUACUUCGACGUGCUGCACGAGCUGCUGGCCGCCUACGUGUGCUAUAGACCCGAUAUCGGAUAUGUGCAAGGCAUGUCGUUCAUCGCGGCCGUUCUGAUCCUGAACAUGGAGGCGCCCCAGGCGUUCGUGUGCUUCGCGAACCUGCUGCACGGCGGCGUGCUGCGGGCCGCCUUCACCAGGGACGGAGCCACCAUGCAGCGCCUAUGGAAGGCCUACACGACGCUGCUGCGGCACAAUCUGCCGGGGCUCGCGGACGCGGUGGCGCCCGAGCUGUACCUGGUGGAGUGGCUGUACACGGCCUUCGCCAAGGCGAUGCCGCUGGACGCCGCCUGCAGGGUCUGGGACGUCUUCCUCAGGGACGGAGACGAAUUCCUCUUCAACACUGCUCUAGGCAUUCUCCAUUUGUACCAAGACGAGCUGAAGAACAUGGACUUUAUAUCCGCGGCGCAGUUCCUGACCAAGCUACCCGAAGACCUGGACCCCGAGGCGCUGUUCAAGAGCAUAUCGUCGGUGUCGAUGACCCUGGACGGCAUGAGCUUUGAGGAGCUGGUCUCGUGCUGCGAGGUGGACUCCAGCCUGGACGAUGACGUCACGGUCAAGUUAUGAUAUCCGAGGAAGUGGAGUGAGUACGGCUUCCGGCAUAUCGUGGACGUCCUGUCGUUCCGGGUCGGCUUGUGAUGUCCCGCGGACAAGUAAGUCUGAAUAGAUAACCUAAUCUCGUCCCACUCCCAUGGGUAUAAAGUCGGAUUUACGUUACUUCAUAGUUUUCGUUCAACCAUUUACAACUAUUAAUCGAAAUUCGACCAUAAUCACAGACACCUCAAAGUUCAUAUUCAUUAAUUACAUUAAUGCUGUAUUCUAAAUGUUGUAAUGUACAUCCGAGUUCAUGCCAUUGUAUGUUUCUUCCUCAUAUAAUGAUUCGCCAUUGAAAUUGAAUAUUUAGAUAGGACUCGAAUUAAUAAAUUGUAUUCAUGUUUUUUAGUAAUAUUGUCGAUUGUCUUGCGUGUAAUAAAAUACUAUAGUUUGGCGGCCAUUUUGUGAUUCGUGCGUAAAUCAAAAUGGCGGCCAGACAGUACGAUCUUGAAUUUUGACGUGUUGUAAAUAAUAUUAUAAAUAUAUAAUUAUAAUGAAAUAAAAAUUUAACUAAGACUUUCACGUUCCGAAUUUAUUUAGAUUUGAAUUACAAAAACUAUUAAUGUAAAUAUUUUUUAUUUGAUAAGAGAAUCACUGUUAAAAUUUCACAAUAUGUCUAGUAAGUGAGUACAUAUCAUACAUUUAUUUAUAUUGUUAUUGAGUUAACAAAUACAUUUAGAUGCAGAAAGGUGUUUCGAAAAUCAAAACUUAGUAAAAAUGUUGCCAUAUUGAAUAAAUUAUUUGUUCAACUUAAAGGCAUAAUCGCGAUGGGCCCCUUUUAGUUUAUUGUAAAAACAAUAUCACUGAUUAAUAUAAAUAAUUUAAUUCAUUAAUUCUAGUAACAAAUUGUUUAUGGUUUAUCAACAGUUUUUUGUUCUUAUGACUAAUAAAUAUAUCAUCAAUAAUAAAUAUUUAUUUACUGUUUAGUACACAAUUGAUUGUUUUUCUUUUGUGCGAUCCUUUUAUGAAUAGUUAUAUAAAAUUUUUAGAUAUAAAAUAAUAUAAUGAGAAACAUUAAUCAUUUAAAAGAUAUUGAAUAUGGCAGUAUCCUAUAUAAUAUUUUAUGUCGUAAAAGAGUUUUUUUUUUUUAGAAUCGUAUUAAGAGGAUGGAUCUUAAAAUGAAUCUAUUCGAUCGUGUACCUGUUUGUUUGAAUAUAAAGAUAUUAUAAGAUUAAUAAAUAAUAUAAAUUAAUAAUUAUGUCAUCUUGUCUUUGUAGUAAUUAUUUAUCUAUUUUUUGUAUGUUACUUUAUUGUGUGAUGCAGAUGUUAAAAAGUACUUACGGAUUAAUCUCUCUGUUGUUAUUUGACUUAUCGAUGUACCGACAAAUCAUCUUUUCGCAUUAAAAGUGUACAAUUUCCAAAAAUAUUCGAAAUUGAGUUAAUAUGCGGAAUCAUUUGGUAUCACCAGUAUUUUUCUCAUAAAUACUGUCAAAAGAGCGUAGUUUACUUUUAGUUUUUUUUUUUAGUUUCCUUUGUUUUGACUUCUAUUAACAAAGUUAAUACAUAAUUUUAUAUUACUUUAAAAGACAGAUAUUGUAACUGGUAAAAAAUAACAAAAAAAAUGUUGCAAAGAUGAUUAAUAUUAAAAAUAUCACAUGUUAAACCUUUAAAACAUUCUCUUGUAAAAUAAGUAAGUUUUGAUAUUAUACAGUUUUAAUGCGAGAAGACGAAAUGUCAGAUGUCAAAAUUAUAAGAUAGGGUUAAAAAACAUUUUUUUUUUUCAUUCAAUAAACUAUAUUACUUUACUGCAGUUUUCGUAGAUACGGACGACCAUAAUGUAAUAUAAUGACAAUAAAAACGCGAGAUUAAACCGUAAAAGUAGUUUUAACUCCACUGAGUACAACAAAAAUCAACAUAAUUACUUCAGUGCGCCGCGUAGGUCACCGGUGACCUACACCUGGCAAUCAAAGGGUUAAUUGUAUGUACGAGUUGCGAAAUCCGAAGAACAAUAUUAUAGUGUGAACCAAUUAUGUAAUAUGAAAACUAAAAAAAUUUCACUUUAUUAAUUACUAGCACCCCAGCUCCGGCUCCACACGGGUCUUUAAAAAAAAUUGACGUUGUUUUAUUUUUUAAAAAUAAAAGAACACUUAUUGCGGCAUAACUAUAAUAGUUAGACAUAUGCUGUCGUGACAUUU